AUGGGAUCGAGGUUUGUGGGCUUCGUGAAACGCUUGGGUCUGCCCUUUGCAUUAACUCUGGCAGGAAGCUAUGUGGAACGCAGGCUCUUGACAGAGACUUCGCUGGCAUUUUUGCUAGAAGAAACACCUCCCUUGGGUGUCCCGCGAGGCCUCGGAUUGACGACUGGUCUGUUGGUGUUGACGACUUUUUGGUUGCUCUUUUACGGCUUUCUCGUCGUGGGACGUGCCCGCACACAGUGCAUGGAAUUGGCACGAAAAGAUGGCGAAACGGAGGUGGAAGAACGGUACGGAUUGCCCAAUCUCUAUGCGCAAGGCACAUCCAAGCACGCUCGAACGUUUAAUAUGGUCCAACGAUCUCACCAAGGCAUUAUGGAAUCCUUUCCUGGUUAUAUCCUCAUGAGCUUGAUUUCCGCUACUAAUUUUCCUAUUUUGACGGCAAUCAACUGUGCUCUGUGGUGGUAUUCUCGAAUUGUGUGGACACGAGGGUACUCUGCGGGCAGUCAUCCCAGAGACCGAUAUUCUCAUCCACAGAGUCGGUUGUUUUGGAUGAACAUGGCGGCUUUGUUUUUACUCUCCUUGUUGGGUUCAUUCAAUUUGGUUGCAGGAUAUGCUUUCUUUUGGGAUGUCUUGUAA